UGGCUUUCUGCUGAUCAUUCUGGCAUUCGUUUGCCCGUAUAGCUUUAUUGUUUCAUUUCCAAAAGUGGAGGGGACUUUUUCUUGUUUCUUGAACUAUUAUAUUCCGUUUGUGACUGAAUCGUCAGUAAUGAUAUAACUCAUAAAGUAGCAGACGUUACUUCCCGGAAGCUUUCCUUUCACUCCGACAUGAAAAGGAACGGCGCGUACAGGUUUCUGUCAGUCUUCUCAUGCUUUAUCGUUUGCGUGUUCUUGUUUAUAUUCUGGUUCUUCAUAUUUUACUCCAUGAUGCUUGCACCAUAAAGCACAGAGAUACAGUACUUUAGCAGAAGCAGCUAAACCAGACCUCGGCUGUCUACCCACCCACAAUGCACUGCUUUAUUGACAAGUCCCUCGAUCACAUGAUGAACAUCACCAGGAAGUAAAUACAUCUGGGAGAUACUGGUUCUGUUAACAGACGUACGAACAGGAAAAGCUGCUGAUGUCACUGUGGGGAUCUGUGCUAACUUCACUUUCUGCACAGUGAAUCAAAAAGUCCUGAAACACUCAAGCUUGUAUAACUUGGCUGCGCUGCCUGUUAGUGAAGUUGUGAUGGCAUCUGACACCAGUGAAGCAGGAACCUCCGCGGCAGACCUCAAGCUGCAGUUUGCUCCCUUCAGCAGUGCCCUGGAGGCAGGCUUUUGGCACCAGCUCACCCAGAAGAAACUCAAUGACUACAGGUUGGAUGAGAGUCCCAAAUGUAUCAGAGGAUACUACUACAAUGGUGAUCCAGUUGGUUUGCCUACUCGCUUGACUUUGGAGUUCAGUGCAUUUGAUGUUGAUGGUCCGACCCCGGCCCGUUGUUGUCCAGCUAUUGGAACGCUGUAUAACACCAACACACUAGAUGCCUUUAAGACCAUCGAUAAGAAGUCUCUGCUGGAGAAAGAGGCCAAGGAGAUAUGGGAUGCCAUACAGUCUGGGGCUGCAUUGAAGGACCAAUCCAUCCUGUCCAGAUUCAUUCUGCUGACCUUUGCAGAUUUAAAGAAGUACCAUUUCUACUACUGGUUCUGCUUCCCUGCGCUCUGCUUCUCAGAGGGAAUAAAGAUUGUCCAGCAGCCUUCUGUCCUAGAACAAGUUUUCUCAGCAAAACAGAUUGCAGCCUUGCAGGAGAUCUAUGAUGGUCUGUGUAGCAAAAGAGAGACCACUGCGAUUCCUUACUUCCUAUUGAAGUACACAGAUGACACUGUCCAGAUGGCUCCAUUAGAGGACUGGGAUACUUUCCUCACUGAUACUAAGAAGGUUACUGUGGGUGUCUAUGAUCCGUGCACGCUGUCUCAACAUCCGGGCUGGCCUUUGAGAAAUCUACUGGUCCUCUUAGCUUACCGAUGGGGCUCUAAGGUGGACACAGUGGAGGUGCUGUGUUUCAGGGACAGAACUCUGCAGGGAAGUCGCUCCAUUCAGCACAGUGUCGUCUUUCAGGUCAAACUCCCUGAACUUUCCGUCAACUCAGCUUGUCCUAAGAGUGUAGGUUGGGAGAAGAACCCCAAGGGGGCAAUGGGACCCAGGAUGGUCAACCUCAGUGAAUGCAUGGACCCUAAAAGGCUUGCAGAGUCAUCUGUGGACCUGAACCUGAAGCUAAUGAGGUGGAGGCUGGUUCCUUCCCUGGACCUGGACAAGGUGGUCAGCACAAAGUGUCUUCUACUGGGAGCAGGGACUCUGGGCUGCAAUGUCGCCAGGACUCUCAUGGGAUGGGGAGUUAGACACAUCACAUUUGUAGACAAUGCGAAGAUCUCGUACUCCAAUCCCGUUCGACAGCCUCUCUAUGAGUUUGAAGACUGUCUUGGAGGAGGGAAGUCCAAAGCCAUGGCAGCCGUUGACCGACUCUCCAAAAUCUUUCCUGGUGUGAAUGCGGAGGGUCACAAUAUGAGCAUCCCCAUGCCUGGCCACCCAGUGAAUUUCUCUCAAGCCACUCUCUCCCAGGCUCAGAGGGAUGUCGAACAGCUGGAGAAGCUUAUCUCAGAACAUGAUGUGGUCUUCUUACUGAUGGAUACGAGGGAGAGCCGCUGGCUGCCUACAGUGAUCGCUGCCAGCAAGAGGAAGCUGGUGGUGAAUGCUGCUCUAGGGUUUGAUACAUUUGUGGUGAUGCGCCAUGGCCUGAAGAAACCCUCCGUCAGUCAGACUGUUUCUGCAGCAGCGGACUCCUCACCCUCCUGUUCCUCUGCUUCCUCUUCGUCCUCCACACCUGCCAGCGCUGAGACCUCCGUCCCAGGAUCCUCUCUGUUCUCCAACAUCCCAGGGCACAAGCUGGGGUGCUACUUCUGCAAUGAUGUUGUGGCACCAGGGGAUUCAACCAGGGAUCGGACACUGGAUCAGCAGUGCACCGUCAGCAGACCAGGUUUGGCCAUGAUUGCCGGAGCCCUGGCUGUUGAGAUGAUGGUGUCCAUUCUGCAGCACACUGAAGGAGGCUAUGCAGUGGCCAGCAGCAGUGAUGACAGAAUGAAUGAACCACCCACCUCCCUGGGUCUCGUGCCACAUCAGAUCCGAGGCUUCCUCUCAAGGUUUGACAACGUCCUGCCUGCCAGUCUGGCCUUUGACAAAUGCACAGCCUGCUCACCAAUUGUCCUGGACCACUAUGAGAGGGAAGGUUUCCAGUUCCUGUCCAAGGUUUUUAAUUCUUCCCACUCCUUCCUGGAAGACCUGACAGGGCUGACGUUGUUGCACCAGGAGACGCAGGCCGCAGAGAUUUGGGAUAUGAGCGACGACGAGAGCAUCUGAGGGACUUGAAGGAACCAGUCUUAAGCGUCUGAAGGACUGGACAGUCCAGUUCAUGUUUCUGUUUCUUUUUUUGUUUGUUUUUUAAUCCCAAGAAUCUCACAAGUACAUGGGACAAGCUCUCAUAAGGUGCUCUGAUAAAAAUUCAUAAAGACAAGCACGUUACAAAAAAAUCCAAAAAGUUGUUAAAAAGCUUUAAUUUUCUUGUUAGUGUUGUGGAGCCACUUCUUCAUUCAUCAGUCUGACCUUCAGAACUGAGCAGUUAUAAUAAACGGUAAGAAAGAACAGAGAAGAGAUCGCUUUUACUGCUAAAAUAUCCAGUGAAUGUUUUCAUGGUUGCAGCAGAAACAGGAUCAGAGCUUGAAGGAGAGCAAUUCACACUUUAUGUAUAAAGCUGCUGUAUUAUUAAAGGCAGAAUGUACCUGUUUCUAUCACUCGACGAUUCUUAAUAAGUCAUGUUUACUUGAGACUUACACUCACUUUUAGGUGGCACUUAAAUUCCCUGAGCAAAAACACAAAAGCUUAAAAAGCUUCAUUGAACGCUCACAGAUUCAGUCCCUCCAACAGUCUCUCCAUCAUCACAUUUAAUGGGUUUGCUGGAGAGUCCUUUGGCAAGACACUGGCAUACUUCAUCUGCUCACUCAUUCAGUUUGGAAAAUAGCUUCAGAUAAAUGAUGAAAAUACAAAAACACAGUAGGCAACUCAGCAAAUCCAUCCAUCCAUCCAUUUUAUCUGUUUACUGGAGACUCCAAUACAUACAGUUAAUAGUAAAACCAGCUUUGUUACUUUGCAAAUAUUUGGAAGAAACCUGCACACAGAUGUUGAGAUGUACAGUGGCUAAACUGUGGCUUCAGAUAUGAAGAUUAGAAAAGUUAAUGCAGAAAAACUGGAACCUACAGCUGCAGUUUCAUAUUAAACAGCCACCAGAAAACAAAGAUUUUCAUGGUAUGUUUGUGUACAUGCAUGCAUGUGUUUUUGCAUUUUUUAUUUUUUUUUAUUUUAUUUGUCUGAACUGCUAAUAUGUUCAGUCUUUUCAGUGUAAUGCAGUGUUCAUCUACAGCCUCUUGGAUAUUUGUGGAAGAGGAUUAGUGCAGUGAAAAAGAGAUUCAUUUCAGAAUUUGAGAUUUAAUUCAAGAAAGGUUCAGAUUUUUGCCUCUGAAUUGGCCAGAAUGGAGAUAAAACUUAUAAUAAUAAUAUAUAAUUCGGACUGUUCUCAGAGCUGUUUCAUUGCACUAAUUCCUGUUUCUAAAGUACUUAAAUAAACUGUAAUAAAAUAUCUCU